AUGGAGUCCAGAUGCCGAGCUAGCCCAGAACAAUUUUCAGCUUUACUAGAAUUCAUGGAAAGCCAUGGAGAUAUAGCAAGACCCCAACAAGGGGCUCAAGGCAGGAUAAGGGCAGACCAUCUAUGGCAGGAGUUGAGAGAGUUACUUAACUCCAUUGGUGGAGGAGUCAAUAGAUCAAUGGAAAAAUGGAAAAAAGUGUGGGCGGAUUGGAAAGCCAAAACAAAAAAAAAGGCCUUGGCAAUGCGUCGCGAGGCUAGUGGUACUGGUGGUGGUCCAAGCAGCAGACAAACUCUCACAGCUUCGGAACAAAGGGUGUUGGGCAUAAUGGGUUUGUCUGCUGUUUUUGGUCUAGUUGGAAUUGAGGAGAGAGGAUUUGAUGAACCACCACUUCAAGGAAGCCCUCUACCAUCACCAUCCAGAGAUACCGUCCACACUGAAUUUCCCUCCCAAACUGCCGCAGACGAGAUUAUGUUGUAUUCUAUAGAAGCGUCUCCUGCCCCAUCAGCUCAACUGCCAUCUCCCUCUAUACUUUCACGUCUUCCUCCAACCCGAGUGUCAACACCACCGCUCGCCUCUGUGACCACGCCGAUGCCGUCAGCGACGUCUCUAAUGUCGAUUAAAGUGGAGGAAAUGUUAAGCGAAUCGUUCGAGCUAGGCGAGGGUCCGCAUUGGGAUGAACAACAGAAAGCUUUGUUCUUCGUGAACAUAAGAGGAUUUACGAUCCACAAGUACGUGCCGACUACCAAACAACACUCUAAAACAAAACUUAAUGGCAAGGUAAGUUUCAUUGUGCCUGUAGAAGGAACUACAGACAAGUUUAUCGUCGGAUUGGAAACUAAAUUUGUGAUCAUUCAAUGGGAUGGCGUUGACGGAACUCCGGCUACUGUUAUCAAGGAACUAGGAAUUGUCGACGAGGAUGUGGUAGCUCUCACCAGGCUCAAUGAUGGAAAAGCAGAUCCAAGGGGUAGAGUCUUUUCGGGUACUAUGGGAUACGAAGGUCCAACAGGUGCUUACGUUCCAGGCCAAGGUUCAUUAUAUCGUGUGGACAAAACCGGUAUUCAUAAAGUGUGCAGUGGGAUAGGGUUAUCUAAUGGUCUCAGCUGGGAUCUUAAGAGGAAAGCUUUUUAUUACACCGAUAGUUUGGAGAGGAAGAUAAGAAGAUACGACUAUGACGUGGAGACUGGAGAGAUAUCAAACCUCAAAUACAUUUUCGACAUAGAAGGAAACAAUAUUGAGGGUUUCCCUGACGGUUCCACCAUCGACGCGGAUGGCAAUCUUUGGAUUGCAAUAUUCCACGGCUCGUGCGUUAUCAAAAUCGAUCCAGCCAGCGGCAAAAUACUCCAGAAAGUACCAAUUCCAGCUCCUCAGGUCACUUCAGUUACUUUUGGAGGGGAUAACUUGGAUAUUCUAUUUGUAACAACAGCCUGUUUGAAUAUAGGCGGUCCUAAAAAACCGCCCUCGGGAUAUAUUUUUAUGGUCAAGGGUUUGGGAGUGAAGGGGACAAAGGGUAUGAAUUUUAAACUUGAA